GGUUUAAAAAGAGGCGUUUUGAGAGACAUGCACCGUCAGUCUGCUCAGAGAGAGAGAGAAAGAGAGAGAGAAAAAGAGAGAGAGAAAAUCAUGACUGUGUUUAAGAUUUCCACUGGAACGUUUGUGUUCAUCCUCAUCCUCAGCAUCUUCAUCGUGGACACAGAACCAGCGCGGUGCUGUUUGUCUUACGUGCGGAGACCUGUUCGCUGCAGCCGGCUGAAAGGCUUCUCCAUCCAGGAAAUCACCAGAAACUGUGACAUCAGAGCCAUAAUAUUCGAGACCUGGAACAGGAAAUUCAUCUGCGCUGAUCUGAAGGAGCGAUGGACUCAAGACAGGAUCACGUGCUUACGGAAGACGGCUGCAGUUCUGGCGAAUUCUCAGCCAGUGAACUUAGGAUGAGCUCCAGUUCAGAGCAUUAAAUUUAGCCACCGAAUUAAGAUGAGAACCAAAUGAAGUCUUUAUUUUCCUUUCAUUAGAACAUCUUAAAAGUUGUGCUUUUCUAUUUCCACUAGAAUUUUGGCUCCUUGUGGGAGCCGCAGUCUCAUGUUCACAUAUUGUGCACUUUGGUACUCAGAGGAUGCUGAGGGAGUUUCUAAUAUAUCCAUAUUAUGGUUUUUUAUAUAAAUAUAUAUUUUUUAAAUUACAAAUAUGAAAGCUCAACAAUAUUGUAUUUAUUAAGGUAGUUUGUCUUGGAGAAAUGCACUUCUUCCUUCUGUAUUAAAAAAAAUAAAGUGUGGAAGUUUUUAAUAAAAACAAGCAUCAGUUAUCAUGAAAUGUAUAAAUGCACAUUAUAUACAAUUUUUGUUUUAAAAAAGAAAGAAAAAGAUGCAUAACAUAAUAAGUCUACUGUUGUCCUAAUUCAUAUUACUACAACCCCGAUUCCAAAAAAGUUGGGACAAAGUACAAAUUGUAAAUAAAAACGGAAUGCAAUAAUUUACAAAUCUCAAAAACUGAUAUUGUAUUCACAAUAGAACAUAGACAGCAUAUCAAAUGUCGAAAGUGAAACAUUUUGAAAUUUCAUGCCAAAUAUUGGCUCAUUUGAAAUUUCAUGACAGCAACACAUCUCAAAAAAGUUGGGACAGGGGCAAUA